AUGGUGAAGAAAUCACUGGAACUUGGACCGAAAAAGAAGGAGAAGCGUUUGAAGAAAAAAUUGGAGCCCGUCAAGAAGGAACCGGAAGUCCCUGCUGCUAAACAGUCGUCUUCAAAGGACAGGAAAGGAAUUCAAAUAUGUGUUGCUUUUACAUUCUUUCGUGAAGUCGCUGUGGUUUUUCUCUUCAGUUUUGCGGGCACAGUCGAAGGCUUUAUUGGACAGUUUGUUCCCGUACCAAUAAGUGAGGUCGUUGUGCAGAGAAGCAAUGCUGUGGAUGGUCAGUUAUGGGCAACCAAGGUCUCAGUGAGAUUUGAAGAUUCCAAAGGCGUUGAUAUAGCCCUUUCGAAAUGUCACGAUGUCGGACCAUACAGGGUGUGCGAUUUUGUCGACUCUGAGAUCACCCGUUCUUCAAAAUUUUGUAGCACUGUAUCGAAGUUUGUUCUCAUUACCUGA